UUAGAUAGAAAAUAUGGAAUCUACUGGGGGAGAGGCGAGAAGGAAACAGUUAGUGAGACAGCUUGCUACAUCUAUAGAUAUUGAAGAUGACCCCGAACCAGAUUUUAGUGAUUCAAUCAUCCCUCUGCCUGGAAUCAGUCUACAGGAGAAACGACAUCUGAUUCAACAACAACAAUCUAGUUUACCAACAAAACCUGCAGUACACAGGGUUGUACCAAGACAAGCUUCAGUAGCGUCAUACCCAUUUCAUUCCAGAGUUACCUUGAUGCGAGAGAACUCCGGUUCCAUGCUAGAUAUCCCUGGUUUUCUAGGAACAUCCCUAGAUAUUGCAACUGUUCCAUUUUCUUCAGCCCAGAGGUUUGUAGCAACAUCUACUCCUGUAUCUGCUAAUGCAGCUGGACGUCAAAGAUUAAGGAUUGAUUUAACAAAGAAGCAGGUGGUAAAGCAGAAAAGUACAGAUGACGGGCGGAAGGGAACAAUGGUCUGUGUUCUACUUUGCCUCCUUAUACUUAUCAUACUAAUCAUUGGGAUCUUCAUAUCAAUAGACUUUCAGGACUCAGAGACCCACCAAGAUCUAAACAAAUCUCCCGUCAACAGAUCUUCAAUCAAUUCUGAAACAUUAAAAAAAUCCUUGAUAAAUCAUCUGAAUUCUGUAUCAUUCCACCCCUCUUCCACAUACUCCAGGCCAGGGUCAGAUAUCUCAUCGCCUUCUUUGGUUCCUUCAACCUCAGAAAGUUCUUCAACACUUGAUUCUUCUGAUUUGUUUGUUACUAAAUCCUUUCCAUCAAUGUCUCCUUUAAUAUCUACUACUUCAUCCCUUUCCAGUUCUUUGCUUCCCCUCUCCUCCUCCUCUAAUCGGUCUCCUUCCACAGUCUCUGCUUCCUCUCCCUCUUAUCCAGCAGUCUUUACUACAUUUUCAAAUAUGGCCUCUUCAGUUCAAACAAAGGAACUACACUAAAAACUCCCAGCUCAAAUGUACGCAAAUUGUGUAUAGUACUCUCUGGGAGGAAUGUAAACAUCAAACCCAGUGCUCCCAAAACCUGUGAAACGAAGCUUUAAAG